AUGGACAAGUCAUCUCGCGAAGAAUUACAUCUUCGAAUCGAACGUGUCACUUUGGAAGAUGAUGGGCAAUUUGAGUGUCAAAUGCUUAGACCGGACGAGGGUCCUAUACGAGCUGCGGCGUACCUAAACGUUAUCGUUGCUCCAAAAAUGGUGCAUUUUACAAACUAUCAGUCGGGUACAAUGAUUGAAGUAAACGAGGACAUUCCACUUAAUGUAACAUGCGCCGCACCGAACUCAAAGCCGGAAGCUAUUAUCAUAUGGUAUGUUAAUGGUCAAAAGAUAGAGGAUGGUAUUCAGCGUUGGAGUUCAUAUAAUCUGAAUAAAACAGUUUCCAGCUUUGCUGCUCUACAAUGGCGACCAAGGCGCAAUGAUCAUAAAAAAGUGCUAACGUGUGAAGCGAAUCACGAUGACAGUUCAACACAAAUUCGGACCAAUCUCACGAUAAAUGUGCUAUAUCCACCUGAUCGGCCGAGGAUUUUAAUGUUGAGUGGAGAUUCGUUUGUUCGGGCUGGAGACAAUGUUACAUUUGUAUGUGUGGUAACCGGUGGUAAUCCUCCACCGGAUCUUUCGUGGUACUUAAAGGGUCGCCUGCUUAGCGCACGGUAUCAAUACAACAUCCAGACACAGGAGACUAUGAACACAUAUUCAUUCCUGGCUGAACCCGAUGAUCAUCUAGCCAAUUAUGAGUGCCGUGCUUCAAAUAAAAAAGGACAAGAACCUCAAACUCGAACAGUUCACGUUAAAGUUGCAUAUGCACCACAAGGAGUAGAAAUGAUAGGAGAAAGUAAUGUUCGGCAAGGAAGCUUCACCGUCGUGCAAUGUAGAACCAAACCAUCGAAUCCGAUAUCACGAAUUUCAUGGCUUGUUAAUGGUCAUCCAAUACCGGCAACAGUACAAAGUGAACAUCAACAGAUGCAUGGUUUUAUCGCCGUCGCCAAUCUUACUAUUAACACUAAUGAGGUAAUGAUGGGAAAACAUCGGCUGACAGUUGAAUGUAACGCAAGAAAUGAUGAAGGAUCGGCGUCAAAACAACAUGUGAUAAAAAUUCUUGCACCCCCAUUACCGCCACGAAUCAGUGGUCUUGAAGAUGGUAUUCAUCUAGAAGGCCAUGUACUGAAUGUGACUUGUGAAGCUCACGGUGGAAAUCCACUCGCUGAUAUUUCAUGGUACAGAGGAUACGAUAAAUUGCCUGGUGCUCGUUCAUCGGUAUCUGGUGAUUCGGCAAUCUCGUCAUUGUCGUUGACGCUUGACAGAACGAUGAAUGGACAACGUCUCAAGUGUGAGGCGAUGAAUUCAGCAUUAGAUGAGCCAUUAGUGGAUUCAAAACAACUCAACGUGCUGUUUGAACCACGCCGUGUGAUGAUCAGAAUGCCUGAAGGCACACGACAUCAGCUCAUUGCCGGCGAAGAGGCAAAAUUACAUUGUCUAGCAGCUGGAUCGAACCCAAAUGCUCACAUCAUAUGGCAUUUCUAUCCAAACGGUGAACCAAAUCCUCUCAUAUUCACUGGAGAGACUAUUCUGAAUGAAACGUAA